CGACGGUAACACUCAAACUGUGAGCACACAGUGGCGUUCAUACUGUCCUUGACGAUCCAUCAUUCACACACUACUCUUCUUAUUGUUUACCUCUUUUUAUUAUUUCGAUUCGAUUCGAUUCGGUUUCAUGUUUUUUGUUCAUCUGUGGUGCUUCGAUAAAUAUUGGAAUAUAUUGGCAGUGAAUUAAUAACAUUGGAAAGUAAAACAAAAAUUGAGUAAAAUGUCAUCACCAGAUAAUUCACCAAAUCGUUCCAUCAAUAAUUCGCAAUUGCAAUUGCCAAGCCCCAUUAUAACGAGACGAACACGAACCGCAUCCACCUCGGCUCGGGCAUUGGCCAAUCCCAUUGAAACGGGUAUCGUAAAAAGUUUCAGUCGUGACAAAGGCCAUGGAUUUAUCACUCCCAAAAAUGGCGGCGAAGACAUAUUCGUACAUAUUUCAGAUAUCGAAGGCGAAUACGUUCCUAUGACUGGGGAUGAAGUCAGAUUCCGGCUGUGCAUUAUUCCACCCAAAAAUGAAAAGCAACAAGCCGUUCACUGUGAAAUCAUCAAUUUCUGUCCAAAGAAACACAAGCGAUGGGAAGACUCAUGCGCCGAUGAAGGCCAUUUCGUCAAUUGAUUCAAAAAAAAAAAAAAAAUGGAAACGAAGCAAAGACAGACAACACUGCAACGACGAAACAACAAAUCGAACAACUUUCUAUUCACUUGAUGUUCAUACGAUAAAUAAUAAAAAAAAAAUAACAGCGAUUAUGAUAAAAUAAAUGAAACAAGAUUUCCAUAAAUAUGCGAUAGCGAGAUCUAGUUACAAGGAUGCUAAAUUCGCCGUGCACAAUGUUUACUACGCUUUUCGAUCAGAACAGACAUAAAGCAAAGAGAGACCGAUACAAAGAAUAUAAAUAGACCAAUCAAUUCAACUUUUUUUGCAAGCACACGCUUCUAUCGAGAGCAUAAAUGCAACGUUUCUAAUUAAGUCAUGAACGAUGGCCAGCAAACUCAAAAACAAACCGAAGGGUUUUUCCUAUGGGAAAACUCUAUGAAACAAUUAUUUACUGAUUGAUUUUAAUUUGUAACCUAUAUUCAAUAGAAAAAUUAGAAACUUAAAAUGAUGUUAGAGAGCAAAGUAGAUGCUGAUAGAUCCGAUUCAUUUCAAUUCAAAUCUUUGCUUAAAAUAUGCACCGAAUGAUUAGUGAAAACUAACUUUCCAAUUUUCUCUCUCUUCUCUUGUCAGCAAAAAGAUUUUAUAAGAUUUAAUUUCUAAAGUAUUAUUAUUUGUUGAAAUAAAUGUACACGAAGUACGGCAUUUAUUUGGAA